AUGACAGAGCAUCUCAACCCCAACCCUUUCAACGCCCUCGACCCCGAAGAACAAGAUACUAUUCAAGCUCGGUCGCGAACUCCUCACCCGUAUCAUCACCAGAGUAUAGACCUUCCGCAUCUUCAGGAUCGAUUUUCUCUACGGAACCGCCAAGCGCAAGCUGCCAAGACCAGUGACGAUGCCAACCACGAGACAUCGCCAACAACAUGGCCACCCUUUCUCAAGGACUCUCCGCAGACGAGCGACAGCGGUUCCGAAGCCGACGAUGAACACUAUUUGAGGGGAUUACCAGCGCCAAGGUCAAACUUGCACAAGGGAUUAAGAGGCAUCAAUGAACCUCUGUCUGGGUCUUCGUCACCUCUUCCGUCACCACCACUUCCGGACGACCGUACCGCCCGCAUCCUCGAGAAAAAGCCAGUUCCUGCUGAGACACCAGAAACCCAGCGCCUAAUCGAAGCUCUCAAGAGGCGAAGAAGGGUGGUUGUAAGACGCGCAACCGAGGCGGGCAUUGUUCUAUCUUUGGGCCUUAUGGUAGCUUCAAAUUCACAGGUGUUACAGCUGUUGAAGAUUUGGGGAAAAGAUAUUAUACUGCUCGGUCUUCUGUACGCUGGGCUUCUCGUUCUGUAUCCCAUUCGGGUCGUGGCAUGGGCCUAUCGUAAGAGGUCGCCAUCACACCCAAUACCCCUCGAACUACCAGCACAUUUCGACCCCGCUCCGAUAUUAUAUCCUUCGGCGAUUACUCUCUUCGUGUCACUCCUCAUUUCUUCGAACAAUCCCGCCGCGAUACUUCCGAACCUUGUUCUGAGUCUCGCUUCUAUUCCGCAGAGCGUAAUUCCAAAAGUCGACCCCUAUGCUACCUACGAUGUACUAGCAUGGGGCAUCACCUGCAUACCAUUGGUCUGGAGCCCAAAGACGCGCGAAAACUUUGAAAACCAAUACCCAGAAGCUUUCAUAUCAGGAGAAACAGCAGUGCUAUUGUACCCCCUCCAUCAAAGUCUAUGUGUGGUACUGCAUUAUCUCACCACCACAAGUCUGUUGACAGCCGAGCUUCAACUACUAUCAAUUGCUCUCAUCAACGUUCUCCUACUGGCUUCUUCACCUCAAAUUAUCAUUCUCAAGGCUCUUCUAUGGGGUGGUGGUCUGUCUCUUCUUGUGUUUUGUGGUCCGAUUAUUCGUUGGGGAAUUGCGUUAGCUAGAGUGCCAAAAUGGCGGUUCCGUAGAGCCUCUAUCAGCCAGCGGCCGCCCUUCUGGAAGAACCUUCGGCAGCUCUUCUCUCUUCGUCGCCUCAGGAAUGAAUUGCUAAGAGCUGAGCACGAAGAUGCGGUUUACGACACAGCUGGUUCUUCCGAAGACGAGGCAGGCCCUCCUUUAUUCAAGAAACCAGCAAGAGUACAGACAUUCGGACCCAGCUUUCCCGCUCCAGCAGGCGUAGAUAGCUUGCAAUCUUCCCCAACAGCUGCAGAUGGUUCCGGGAAUUGGGCAUUUGCUCGGAGACAUACCUUACCACACCUUGAUUCAGGAAACAAGCGGAAUGCAACACAUACUCCCUCGGGACGUAGAAAACGAGCUACUUCCAUGUCUGUUCGCCCCUUCUUUAAGUUGACGCAGGAGCAAGCAACGAUGAGAAAGUGGCUAUAUGCAGGAUAUGUCUAUGCCAGCAUAAUAUUGGUCAUUUUAGGAGGCGUUCGCACCUAUAUCGAAAGGGUUGCGCUAGACGGUAACGAGCCCAUUGGCUGGGCCCUGGGUUAUCUUUUGGGUGAUUGGUCUUGGUUCAGAUACCAAGUCGGAAGUUACAACUUGGAGCGAUGGAUUUGCCUGCCUCCAAGGCUGGAUCCUACGGAAGACAAACAAUGUCAGUCCGGCUGGGUGCAACAUGUGCGCCAUAACGAUUUUGGUGAAGCGAAUACUCGGCUUCUUUUGAGUGUCUACUGGUUGGGCAUCCUGAUUAUGGGUCUGAUUGUCGUUUUCCGACUCAAGGAUAUCUAUGAGGUGGACACGCGGCGAAAGGUGUUUCACUUUAUGAUGGUUGGCAUGUUUUUGCCCGCGACAUUUGUCGAUCCUACAUACGCAGCUCUGGCUCUCUCCUUAAUUCUGGCGGUCUUCUUGAUCUUGGAUCUCCUCAGAGCGAGUCAGCUUCCUCCGUUAUCGAAGCCCAUUGCUUCAUUCCUAGCGCCCUAUGUUGACGGUAGGGAUUUCCGUGGGCCUGUCGUUAUUUCACACAUCUUCCUUCUUAUCGGAUGCGCCAUUCCUCUUUGGCUGGGCCUCGCUUCGGUAUCACGCACAGGAUCUGGUUAUCUAUCUGGCUGGGAAGUGCCAGCUCGCGAUGUCAGUCUUGUCUCUGGCGUUAUUUGUGUGGGACUUGGAGAUGCAGCAGCUUCAUUGAUCGGUCGUCGAUAUGGACGCCGGAAAUGGUUCUGGGGCGGCGGGAAGAGUCUUGAGGGCAGUCUCGCAUUUGCGAUAGCUGUUGUCCUGGGACUCGGUGCCGCCAGUUUCUGGUUGAGAAUCGGCGGCUGGCCAGUUGCAGGCGACCAGCCUGGAGUUGUUGCUGGUACUCGAAACGCCGUCAUGUGCGCUUCGAUGGCGAGUCUGACAGAAGCAGUUCUUACCGGCGGAAAUGACAACGUCAUUGUGCCAGUGGUGUUGUGGACAUGUGUCAAGAGCCUGGGUGUCUAA